CACCCUGCUCAAUUGAUUUAGCAUCGAAAGACUGUCGGCCGUCCAUCGCUUUCCUAGAGUCUCCUCAAUAUUUGACAGAGUCACGGAUUGUUUCAACAGGACAGCUCAUCUUUCUUUUACCAUUCGGCCAUGAGCCACGUAAACGGCCAAGGUUCUCCCGACCCUAGGAAUGCUCCAGCUUUUCCGGCCAGAUCCAGGCAGGCUGGCCUAGCAGUGGAGGAUGAUAAGAAGAGGGCCCUUCGGGAGAGGGUAGAGGUCCUCGAGGCGCAAGAUCUGGAUCAACUGGAACGCGACCUCAAAGGCUUCUCAGACGCCUUCAAUCGGCGACUGCAGGCCCUUGUCAACGAGAACCGGCCGGUCAAUCCUCGAUCAGCCGAACCUCAAUCUCAGUUGACGGAUCACAAUAGCCCCUUUGGCAGCGAGGUAAUUACGCAGCCGAGAAGAUGCAGCGCUCACUUUUGUGUCGCGGCUCCGACAAAUCUCCCUAUGCGUCUUGAAGGAUGACAGGCGUGGGGUUCAUUGCCAGCACAGAAUUAUUGCUA